GGAGGAGGAGGAGGGAGGGGGGAGUCUUCGAUAUGAUCGUUCUAAUGAAAGAUGGGGCAGCUCAUUUAUCCAAAAAAGAAGAAGAGGAGGAAGAAGAAGAAGAAGGAGAGGAAGCUGCGGUGCUGAUUAAUCGUGAGGGCCAGCGGCGCGCGGCUGUAGCCCGUCCGUCACAUGGGAUGUGCGAGCUGAGCGCACAGCAAAGCGCAGCGUAGCCCUCUCAUUUAGCGGAGCAGGGACACUGAGCGAGCGGUGAGCACAGCCCAGUAGAUCCGAGCAGAGUCGAGUCAAGCCGAGCUCAGCCAUUACAUAUCCGCUUCGGCACACGGCGCCUUUUAGCCACAUCAUGAGCUCGUCGCUUCCCAAAAGCGAGUCCAGAACCUCCUUGCUGAGGACAGCGGCGGUUGGCAGAAGGACAGCGUCCCACACCGAACCUCCUGCCCCUAGCCGAAGGAGUCAUGACGGCGGACCGGGACCAGGAGCCAGAGAGCCGUGCUGGCCGCCUGGGGGUGACGGUAGCUCCCGCAGACCGCUGUGCCACCCGCGUGUGGACAGGCAGGACGGGGUGAAGCCGCGGGGCUACCACAAAAGGGAUGGGCAUCAUCACUCCGGUACACAACAGAAUCAACAGCAGCAGCUGCCGCCUCCGACACCUCCACCGGUUCAUCCAACGAGGGAAACAAGCAGCAGAGCUCCCCGGCAUCGGCCCAGGCACCGACAUCAGCCACCCGCCGGAUCCCCUUCCAGCUCCUCUCUGAGCCUCCUCUCGGACCACUCGUGGAGCUCGCAAACUGGGGACCGCGACGCGGGCAGCAGCUCAUCCAAAGGGGAGUGCAGCCUCAAUCCCAUCCUCAGCUCCGCGUUUGGACAGAUCCGUCAGGAUGAGAAGAGGAGCUACAAGGCUGUUCGGACCUUCGAGGAGGGGCCGACACCAGGCGCUUAUCAGGAGCCCCUUGUGGCCCUUGCCCAGAACUGCGCCCUGAUGCACAACAUUCUGGGACCAGCCUGUAUCUUCCUGCGCAAAGGCUUCGCCGAGAACCGGCAGCCUGAGAAGCCUGCACGCAUGGAGCCAUCAGUCCUGUGCCCUGUCUUACCUCAGACCUCCAUCAGAACUGGAAGUGGGGAAGGGGACAGAGAGCUGAGGCCAGAGGAACUCGAUGAGUUGCGGGAGGCAUUCAAGGAGUUUGAUAAAGAUCGCGAUGGCUUUAUUAGCUGCAAAGACUUGGGGAACUGCAUGAGGACCAUGGGGUACAUGCCAACCGAGAUGGAACUUAUUGAGUUGAGCCAACAGAUCAACAUGAACAGGGGCGGCCACGUCGACUUUGAAGACUUUGUGGAGCUGAUGGGCCCUAAGCUGCUGGCCGAGACAGCAGACAUGAUUGGAGUUAAGGAGCUGCGAGAUGCCUUCAGAGAGUUUGAUACGAAUGGGGACGGGGAGAUCAGUACAGCUGAGCUCCGGGAGGCCAUGAAGAAACUGCUUGGGCAGCAGGUGGGGCACCGUGAUCUGGAAGAGAUUCUCCGAGACGUGGACCUCAAUGGGGACGGGCACGUGGACUUUGAGGAGUUUGUUCGGAUGAUGUCCCGUUGAGGACGCCUAGCCAUUAUGAAGUCGGCUGGUACUGACAGGGAUGGACAAGAGAACGAAUCUGGGAAAAACUGGCCCUGACUGAAGCAACAAGAGCGACCAAGGCCAGAGGCAUGAGCACUUUCUCCCCCCAUUCAUUCUUUCCUUCGCAUAUCCUGGGGACUCAGGUCACCCCAUCUGCUGAUCUAUUGCAAUAUCACAACUGACUUGGAACAUAUUACUGUGUGGUGUGCAAGGAGGAGGUAAAGGACACUUUGGGAGCCUCUGCCCUUCUGUGUGCCAGGGAGUGUACGAGUGUGAGUGUGUGUGCAUGCUAAACUUAGUGUUACAUGUGUAUUCAUCAAUAAAAAGACUGGAGGUGAGUGUGAGAGACAGAGA